AAUAUUUGUUUGAUUACUCUUUCAAAUCCUUCGCUAAAUGGGGGUAUUUGGUCUAACUAGCAUGGCCAAAAUGCGUCGUUACGAGUUGCAACCACAGCCGUGCUUACGAUUAUUGUUUGCUAUCAUAAUAGCUCUCUUGAUGGAGACAGCAGCAUGUGAUUCAAGUUCAACAAGUCCAUAUACACUGGACUCCAUAAGAGACUCUCUGGUCAGACAAGAAGACACCAUCAUCUUCAGACUCAUAGAGAGAGCAAAAUUCCCUCUCAACUCUGCAACCUACAAUGAAUCUUAUCUCCCGAAAUGGUGCCCUACAUGUGCUUACAAGACAAUAGCUCAGUUGAUAACUUGGGGAACAGAGUUUCUUCAAGCCAAGGUGAUCGGUCUUUCUCUGUCUCUUCUGUAUAUCUCACCAUGCUUGUUUAAUUCCUUGGCUGGUAGAUACGUAAAUCCAGAAGAAAUUCCCCUCUCCCCAUAUGCUCUACCGCUCCCCCUGGUGCACCCCAACUUCUCCAAUAUUCUGUAUCCACCAGCUGCGAGGGUUAACAUGAACAAGAACAUAUCAGAGUUUUAUUUUAAGCAGCUGCUUCCUCUUUUUGUGGCUGAAGGUGAUGAUGGCAACUACGCUCAAACUGCAGCUGCUGAUGUUCUCUGUUUGCAGGCUCUCGCAACAAGAAUUAAUGAUGGGAGAAUUGUGGCUGAGCUUAAAUACAUAGCUUCCCCAAAGGACUACGGGCCUGCAAUUCUUGCUAAGGACAUAAAUACUCUGAUGAAGCUAUUAACUGUCCCGAGUGUUGAAGAGAUGGUGAAAAAAAGGGUUGAGAAGAAAACCAAGGUGUUUGCGCAAGAUGUGACACUUGAUGACAACAAGAACACCACUUCAAAGUACAAAGUUGAUCCAACAAUUGUUCGUCAACUCUACGAAGCCUAUGUGAUCCCUAUGACAAAAGUUGUUGAGGUUGAGUACCUCCUUCGCCGCCUUAAUAAGUAGUUACAUCGAAGUUAGUACAAAUUAAUGACAUUUCACAUGAUCAUGUGGUAGCCAGUAUGCACUCUAUAGACUGAUCAUUGAGAUGUGCACUCUUUAGCGAAUUAAUUAUGUAACUUACAUAUUUGCUUUAAUAAUAAAUUUGGAAGUGUUACAAAAUCUCAAACAAAUGUCAAUGUAAACACUCCAUUUUGUCCGACCAUUAUAUAGCAAAACUUUAGGAGCUUCUAAA